AGGACAAGAUACCAAGAGGAUCUUUCAGUAUUCAUGUGGGCACAGGGCACCUAUUGUGGUUUUUUUUUCCUCGCUUAACUUGAAUUGGCAGAGAAAAAGAUAACUUCCACUAACAACUAUUGCAUUUUUGUUGCUUAUAAGAUUGAGCAAUAUUGCUGCAUGAUAGCUGCAACAUCAUCAGCCUAAAUGGAGAGAAAUGGAGAGAGUGAUAUCAUCGGUUGGUUUGAUGAAGUAGCUGAAACCGCAGAUUCAGUUCAGACUCAAACACUCAGCCAAAUUCUUCGGCUGAAUUAUGGAGUUGAGUAUCUCAAGAAAUGGUUUCGGGACAUCAACAUUCAAGAAAUGGAAGAAAAUGCAUUGGAAUCCCUUUUUACCUCUUUGGUUCCUCUUGCUUCCCAUGCUGAUUUAGAACCUUAUAUUCAGAGAAUUGCUGAUGGAGACGAAGCUCCUCUACUCACUCAAGAAGCAAUCACAAAUCUCUCGUUGAGCUCUGGAACAACCGAGGGACGACAGAAGUUUGUACCAUUCACAAAGCAUAGUUCAAAGACUACUCUUCAGGUUUUCAAGUUGGCAGCAGCUUAUAGAUCAAGGAUCUAUCCAAUAAGGGAAGGAGGAAGAAUUCUUGAGUUGAUUUACGGCAGCAAGCAGUUCAAAACAAAAGGUGGAUUAACAGUUGGCACAGCCACCACACACUACUAUGCUAGUGAGGAGUUCAAGAUCAAACAGGAGCAGACAAAAUCAUUUACUUGUAGCCCUGAAGCAGUGAUUUCAAGUGGAGAUUACAAUCAAUCCACCUACUGUCACCUCCUUCUUGGACUUCAUUUUCGCGAUGAAGUUGAAUUCAUUACCUCAACAUUUGCUUAUAGCAUAGUGCAAGCUUUCAGAUCAUUUGAAGAGUUGUGGAGGGAGAUAUGUGAUGACAUAAGAGAAGGAAGUUUGAGCUCAAGAAUCACGAUAACAAAGGUGAGAAAUGCCGUCUUGGAUAUCAUUUCGCCAAAUCCUUGUCUGGCCUCGAGGAUUGCAUCAACUUGUGAGGAAUUGGAGGUGAAGGAUUGGUUUUGCAUGAUCCCAAAGUUGUGGCCAAAUGCUAAGUAUGUCUAUUCCAUUAUGACAGGAUCAAUGCAACCGUAUUUGAGAAAGUUAAGGCAUUAUGCUGGAAACUUGCCUCUUGUGAGUGCUGAUUAUGGGUCCACAGAGAGCUGGAUUGGAGUAAAUGUGAAUCCUUCUUCUCCUCCAGAGAAAGUUACCUUUGCCGUUAUGCCCACUUUUUCUUACUUUGAAUUCAUACCUCUUCAUAGCCAAAACCAACAGAACGCAAAUUCAAACACAGAUGACUUUAUAGAAGAGGAUCCAGUACCACUCUCUCAAGUCAAGCUGGGGCAAGAAUAUGAGAUUGUUUUAACCACUUUCACAGGGCUAUACCGGUAUAGGUUAGGAGAUGUGGUAGAAGUGGCUGGUUUCCACAAAAAGAUCCCCAAGCUGAACUUUAUAUGCAGGAGAAAGUUAAUAUUAACAGUGAACAUUGACAAGAAUACCGAAAAAGAUCUUCAAUUAGUGGUGGAAAGGGGUUCUCAAGCACUUAGCAAGUCAAAAGCUGAGCUAGUGGACUUCACAAGCCAUGCUGAUGUAGCUAAGCAACCAGGCCAUUAUGUAAUAUACUGGGAAAUCAAUGGAGAAGUUGAAGAAAGGGUCCUAAGAGAAUGUUGUCGCGAAAUGGAUGCCUCUUUUGUCGACCACGGAUAUGUUGUCUCCCGAAGAACAAAUUCCAUUGGCCCUCUAGAGCUCUGCAUUGUGGAGAAGGGUACUUUCAAGAAGAUUUUAGAACAUUUCAUCAGAAAUGGAGCAGCAUUGAGCCAAUUUAAGACCCCUAGGUGCACUAGCAACCAAGUCCUGCUUAAAAUUCUUGACGCCUGCACAAUUAAAAGGUUUCGCAGCACAGCAUACGGACAAGAAUUUUGACUACACAGAUUUGCAACUGUUUAUUUCCAGCCAAGCUUUUCGUUACUGUUUUCAUAUCUAGGGAAUUAGCUGGAUCAGAUUCACUGAUGUGGUUAUUAGUGAUUAAAAAAUCUAGACAUUGGAGAAACUGAUAGUAAUAAAAGUUGAAGAUUUAAAAAAAAAAAUAAUCAGAUUUUAAAAGUUGUAGAUUUUCCUGGAUGAUCAGUUUGUCCGAAUUAAAAUCUUCAACUUUUAUUUUUAAAGGUUGAAGAUUUUAAUACGGACAAUAAAAGUUGAAGAUUUUAAUACGGACAAACUGAUCAUCCAGGAAAAAUGGAGCAACCUAUGGAAGCAUGAUUGUACCACCAGCUCUUUUUGGUCAGUAGGUAAAUGCGUGUUCACUUGGAAUUAGAAAGCUUGUCAAGACAUUACUCACUUUCAAAUUUACUGUGCUUUUUUUUCUUUUUU